AUGGAUUAUAUUGAAGCUCCUCCUCCCCCCGAACUCGACCCAGAGGAGAUGGAUGUGGUUGCGAACAUGCAAGAGGAGCCUUCACCAAGUCUUCAAGAGGAUGUGAGGCAAGAAAAUCCAUCUGGUAUGGGAAGUGGAGGUAGACACGAGAACAAGAA